AUGGAUAGCACCCAUGUCUUCACAUCCUAUUUCCCCCGCACUCUCUCUAGUCCUAUUUUCAUCCCUUCCAAAAGUGAAGUGCUCUCAUCAAGUGAAAUUCCAAAGGACUCUUUGAAGGCCAGCCUGUUGAAACUGGAAUGUCACUUUACAUGGAAUUUACUGAAAAAAGACAUUGAUUUGUUUGAUAUGGAAGAUACAAUUAGACAGCAGCUUGAAUUUCUUAUUACAAAAUCCAAACUCAGUCUUUACAAUUUACUAGCUUAUGUGAAACACCUAAAAGGCCAUAAUAAAGAUGCUCUGGAGUGCCUGCAACAAGCAGAAGAAAUAAUCCACCAUGACCACGCCGAGGAAGAAGAAGUGCACAGUCUAGUCACUUGGGGGAAUUAUGCCUGGGUGUAUUAUCACAUGAGCGAACUUAAAGAAGCUCAGAGAUAUGUAGACAAGAUAGAGAAUGUCUGCAAGACAGUGGCCGGUUCUUCUAAUUACAAGUUGGAGCGUCCUGACAUUGAUUGUGAGAAAGGGUGGGCGCUCUUGAAAUUUGGGGGGAAGUAUUACCAGAAGGCUAAAGGAGCUUUUGAGAAGGCUCUGGCAGCAGAACCGGACAACCCAGAGUUUAACAUCGGCUAUGCCAUCACAGUGUAUCGGCUGGAUGAUUAUGAAAGAGAAGGUGCUGUAAAGAGCUCCUCUCUGGGCCCUUUAAGGAAGGCUGUUAGCCUAAACCCAGAUAACUCCUACAUUAAGGUGUUUCUGGCCCUUAAGCUUCAGGAUAUCCAUGCAGAAGCUGAAGGCGAAAAGUAUAUUGAAGAAAUCUUGGACCAAGUGUCAGCCUCACCUUACGUCCUUCGUUAUGCAGCCAAAUUCUACCGAAGGAAAAACUCCUGGGAUAAAGCUCUUGAACUUUUAAAAAAGGCCUUGGAGUUGACACCAAAUUCUUCCUUUUUGCAUCACCAGAUGGGACUUUGCUACCGGGCACAAAUGAUCCAAAUCAAGAAGGCCACACACAACAGACCUAGAGGAAAGGAUAAAUCGAAAGUGGAUGAGCUGGUUGCAUUUGCCAUCUCUCAUUUCAAGGCUGCUGUGGAACAGGACUCUAUGUUUGUAUUUGCCUACACAGACCUGGCCAACAUGUACGCAGAAGGAGGCCAGCAUCGCAACGCUGAAGACAUUUUCCAGAAAGCCCUUCUUCUGCAGAACAUAACUGAUGACCACAAACAUCAGAUCCACUACCACUAUGGCCGCUUCCAGGAAUUUCACCGCAAGUCGGAAAAGAGUGCCAUUCAUCAUUAUUUAGAAGCCCUAAAGGUCAAAGAAAGGUCGUCUCUGUGCCCCAAACUAACAAGUGUGCUGAAGAAAUUGGCUUUCAAGAGACUGGGUUACAAUGCCCUGGAUGUUCAGAGUUUAAGUGCCCUGGGAUUCGUUUACAAGCUGGAGGGAGACAAGAAGCGAGCUGCCGAGUACUACGAGAGGGCUCAAAAACUAGAUCCUGAAAAUGAGGAAUUCUUAACUGCUCUCUGUGAGCUUCGACUUUGCAUCGAAAAUGAGUUCUGA